AUGGGCAAGAAGACCAACUGGACGACGGCUGAAGACCAGACGUUGUGUCGCGUGUGGCUAAGCGCUAGCGACCUCCAGCUACACGGUGGGGACCAGAAAGCUUCCAAUUUCUGGAACGUAGUGCUCGAGUUGUUCCACCAGGAGGUGGAGUCGCCUGUCGAGCGGCCGCUCAAUGGGCUCAAAGUGCGCUGGACACGGAUCAAUCGCGACUCGCAAAAGUUCGCGUCGAUCUUUAACGAGCUACAGAGCAAACGAAUACAGCAGGCAGAAGAGCGUGGAGAAGACGUGGGAGAUAAUGCCGCGGGGGUGGCGCUGUUGACAGAGCAGCCGGGGAUCGACGAUGCCAAGGCUGUUUUCCACCGGAUCUACAAUACCAAGUUCUCGUUUGAAACGUGCUGGAAACAAUUGCGCUACUCUGCCAAGUGGAUGCAGCUCUUUGCGAACUCGAGCAGCUAUCCACCAGUACUGGGAGUCAACGUUCCACCAGCUGCCCCUUCUGGAGUGACGGAGGAGGCGAUUGCUGCCGAGGCGGCAGAAGCGCCAUCUGAUACGAGCAGUGAAGCGGAUGCCACGAAAGAAGAGCAACCUGCUGUAGCGUGUGCUGCUACUGCUGCUGCUGCUGCUUUGUCUCCUGUGCCAAGUGUGCCUGCCUCGGCUUCUCCAGCUGGUGAGACGGUCAUGUCUUCGACGACGUCUUCGGUUGCAGCAAUAGCUUCAGCUAUAGAAGCUUCUCAUACGAAUGCGUUCAUCGACCCUAAUCACAAGCGGCGAGCGGACACGUCACUGGAGUCGUUUGCACACAUUCCCCACCAGAAUCAGCUGCAGCGACUCACGAGCACGUUGGUCGACGAGCUUAAGCGACAGAACGAUCUCAUGGAAGACCAGAACGCCAUUGCGCUGCUCAAAAUCAACAACGAGCAUAUCUUGGACGAGGACACUCGACAGUGUUACCACAUGUUACGAGCGCGUUACCUGAAGAAAGCUUGCAAUAAUAGCAGAACAAGCACGUUAGUAUAA